GGUUCACUCGAUAACAAAUCCGAUUCAAAAGCUAAAGGUAUCGAGCCAGAACUGCAGCCUUCAGCCACGAAAGAUAACAUGAUAUCCGCUUUCGUCUCUAAAGAGGUUGAACAGGCUACUACAACGCUUCCACAGAAUAACGAAUCGAAGUCCUCAGAUACAGACGACAGCACUUCAACGCCUACAAACCAGCCAGAAGAACAAGAACCAUGUUUGACUAUUUUACACAACACUUCAUCUCUCGCCUCUGACUCAAAAAAAGCUGUCCCAUUCUUUGACACUUACAUACAUGACCCUGAUUCCGGUACAACGAGUGGCAUUCCGCUAUCACAGGCUACGGCAAGCGAGAAGAAUUCGAAACAAAAGAAGCGUGACUUUUGGAAAGUAUUCACCUCAUUGAUGCCCGAAGAACAUACAGCUGUGAAGCUUGCCCUUCGGAAGCGCCGACCUGGAUAUUCUCGUACUCUUUCUUCCCUGCAAGUGCUCGACCACUCUGGAGGUUCGAGUUCGAUGAAGUGGCUUCGGAUUGCCUUGAAGGUACUCAGUUUAGGCAUAUUGGAUCAUAAGGAGACGGGAGACGAUUCUCAAGAGGUCGAGAGAGCUUUAUUGAUCAUUGUGCUAAACACACCUUUGGAUGGCAGCCAACCGCUUCCUACGGAGCCACAGGAUCUCGAUUUUUAUGAUGAUUCAGAUAGUUCCGCAGAGCUUUCGCCGCCCUUGGGAAGGCGAGUGAGAGAGGGGAGGAAAAGCACCCAUGGGAAUGGACGAACUCGGAGGUGGAGAGCCGGGCCUGUGGAGAGGAGAGAGAGGAGUCAGAUUAGGAUUGCGAGGGAGCGGGCUGUGGAGAUGGUGAUUGCCGAUAAAAGGGGAGAGACAAGACCCCCGCCGCCCCCGCCGCCCCCGCCGCCGAGGGAGACCUGGGGCAGCGAUGAGGUGGUUGUUAUUGAGGAGCAUAGUCCACCAAGACGAUUGAAAAGUAAGAGGGUGAGAGAAGAAAGACACGAGAGCGGAUACAGAACUGUGGAUCCAGCUGCGUAUGGAGGUGUUGUAGGAGGAAGGAUGAGCAGUAAGAGGGAGGAUCGACCUCUGCGCUCUACAAAACUUGGAGAGGCAUCUAAUGCUGUGCCUGGUGAAAGCUCCCGUGUGGAAGGGGCUGGUCGUGAUGAUGCAGGAGCGGAAGGAGAGAACAAAGAUAAUCUGGAACAGAGAAAGUUGGACGCUGUUGAUAGCCAGUCGGAAAAGCAGGAGGAUACAAGCAUGCAUCUUGAGCUCGAGGAUUCAGAAGAAGAAAGUGGUAUGGACCAAGAACCUGCUAGUAAAGUUAUUGAGGGGCUUUUUGGAGGGUGGAAACCUGGCCAAGGCACCAGAAUAAAUACUUCUGCUUAGGUAUACUAUAUUAUUACUAAGUCCGUUAAAGCAAGUACAGGUUAUUUGAAUCAGAAAUCUUUAAUAAAUAGAUAUAGACUUCUCAAAAUUGAGAUAAGUAGGCCUUAUAGAGAUUUUAACUAUGAAUUUAUAAUCUAG